CCGCAAUGAUCGAAUAACAUUCUCUAAAAUAUAUAAACCGUAUCCUAUAAAAAACAAACAAAAUUAAUGCUAUUACAAUUCGAACUAUUUAUGUUGUUCCCUUAUAUAAAGAAACUCUUCCUUUCAUACCAAAAAAAAAAAAAAAAUCCAUUUUCAUUUCUCCUCUUAAAAAACCGCCAUGACCUCUCUCUCCACCGCCGGUUACCUUCUUCUCCUUCUCCUUCUCCCUAUAAGCUACGACGGUGGCUUCAUCGGAGCCGCCGAUGCAGAACAUGACCUCAGAGCCACUGAUCUCCAUAAUCAUCGCCAUCGUCGCCACCGUAACCACCAUCGCGGAGAAGAGUUUGAGUACUCAGCCAUAUCAUGUAGAGCUUACUCAGCCUCAUUGGACGAGUUUGGCGCCGUAGGAGACGGUGUAACUUCAAAUACAGCGGCGUUUCGCGACGCGGUGUCACAACUUAGCCGUUUCGCAGACUACGGUGGCUCAUUGUUAUUUGUUCCCGCCGGACGGUGGCUCACCGGAAACUUUAACCUGACCAGCCAUUUUACGCUUUUCCUCCACCGUGAUGCUGUUAUCCUCGCCUCUCAAGAAGAGAGUGACUAUGAAGUGAUAGAGCCACUGCCUUCGUACGGAAGAGGGCGAGACACAGAUGGUGGAAGGUUCAUCAGUCUACUUUUUGGUUCAAACUUAACCGAUGUUGUUAUCACCGGUGAGAAUGGGACAAUUGAUGGACAAGGAGAACCAUGGUGGGGGAAAUUCAAGAGAGGAGAACUAAAAUACACAAGACCUUAUUUGAUUGAGAUUAUGCAUUCUGAUGGUAUCCAAAUCUCCAAUCUCACUUUCUUGAAUUCUCCUUCUUGGCAUAUUCACCCGGUCUACAGCAGCAAUAUAUAUAUCCAAGGUUUGACGAUAUUAGCACCGGUCACGGUACCAAACACUGACGGUAUCAACCCAGAUUCUUGUACCAACACGAGGAUUGAGGACUGCUACAUUGUCUCCGGCGACGAUUGUAUCGCCGUUAAAAGUGGAUGGGAUCAAUACGGAAUCAACUACGGCAUGCCUACGAAACAGCUCUUGAUCCGACGGCUCACAUGCAUUUCUCCUGAUAGUGCCGUGAUCGCUCUCGGCAGUGAAAUGUCCGGUGGAAUUGAAGAUGUUCGAGCUGAAGAUAUUGUUGCCAUUAACUCUGAAUCUGGAAUCAGGAUUAAAACAGCUAUCGGACGAGGAGGUUACGUGAAGGAUGUAUACGUAAGAGGAAUGACAAUGAUGACAAUGAAAUAUGUGUUUUGGAUGACCGGAAGUUACGGUUCGCAUCCGGACGAUCAUUAUGAUCCGAAAGCGUUACCGGUGAUUCAGAACAUUAAUUAUCAAGACAUGGUCGCCGAGAACGUGACGAUGCCUGCUCAGUUAGCUGGAAUAUCGGGAGAUCAGUUUACUGGAAUUUGUAUCUCUAACGUGACUAUCACUCUAUCGAAGAAACCUAAGAAAGUGCUUUGGAAUUGUACUGAUGUUUCGGGUUAUACUAGUGGUGUGACUCCGCAGCCGUGUCAGUUGUUACCGGAGAAGCAGCCGGGGACGGUUGUGCCGUGUAAUUUCCCGGAAGAUCCGAUUCCUAUUGAUGAAGUGAAGCUUCAACGUUGCUACUCCAGAAGAAGGAAUAUGUGAACAUGUAAUAAGAUCUUCUUUUUUUUAACAAAUACUUUUCUUGGGUUAUAAGUAAAUGUGUUAUCAAAUGGGGACAUAUUUGAUUGAAUAAUAAACAAAGCUUCAAGGAGAAAAGACAAGAAAUACUCGUCAAACACAUAUAUUUUACAUAUCCGUGUAUAUUAUUUGAUUAUUUGAGGGGAAACAAAACAGAGACUUAACUUGAUAAGUG